UAUUUAUCUGGAGACUCUUCCCCGUUACUCCUAACCAUCAAGUGUACAAAUCUGCCCUUGGAACUCUAUAUAAGUGAGAGGAGGUUCCAGCACAGCGCCACUUGUCUUCUGAGUCUGUAGUCGUCAUGAUCUCACAGGCCUUGGUUUCCUGCGUGUUUCUGUGCGCGUGCGCAGUGAGAGCGGUUCCUCAGACUUACGGAAUAUUGGAGGUCCAAGAGCCACUGCCCAACACAGAAACAGGACCCUACGCGAACGUCGUGGAUGCUGUUAUCGAGAUUCUCCCAGAUAUCGCUGACGUAUUUGAAAAGAUAACAAGAUCUCGUGACCCUUCAUCGGAUCCUGCAGACUUUAAAGUUAUCCAGGAUAUUAUCUUAUCUUUCCUGCCCAUAACUGAGAAGAUAAUGCGGGCGGCAGCUAAAGCCGAUGGCAGGGAGGUCAAGCCCGAGGAACUGGAGAGGCUUGCUCGAGUCUCAAAGGUCUUGCCAGAUUACUUUCGACUCAUCGAGGAUAUAACGACGAAAGAUUUGGCAGGAAUAUCAGACCUCGCUGCUAAAGAUUCUGGCAUAUCUACUGCUUCUUCAUCUGCACACAGGUGAGCAGCUGCUGCUCUCAAAACUGGCACCCAAGAAACACCAGCUUUACUGAUUUAGAUAUAGACACAUUUGCAACAUCUGGGUAUCUUUAUUUGUAGACGUUUCUCCAUCCAGUGGCUUUAUCAAUACAAUAUAAGAACAUAAUUUGAAGAAUGUAGAGCUAUAUACAGAAGAUAAGGCAAUUAGUCCCUCAGCCUUGGAGUCAGUGUGGAGCACCAACUCCACGGCUGAGGGACUGAUUACCUCAUCUUUUGAAUAGUUCCACAUUCAUCACAUUAGGUCCUUGUAUUGUUUUGAUAAAGUCACUGGAUGGAGAAUUGUCUAUAUAUAAAAACACCCAGAUGUUGCACCGGCGUCUAAUUUUUCAUAAUGUUGGUGUUAUAUACCUUUCAUGUACAACCAGCUUCCUUAAACCGUGUUUCUGCCUCCGGAAGUACAGUUACCACUCCAGACACUAAUAUAAGCGAGAGUGUUUGAGUGUGGGUACAAACGAGCACCUACACAUUGAUAAAUAAUUUAAGCUAAAUCGAUUAUUUUUUUUACCUUAAACUCAUUGUGUUUUGAUAAGAAUUUUGCUAGGAUCGUGUGUUUUUCGCUUUAAUAUUAUGGGACUAAAAAUGUUCGAAAUUUAAGUUACUGUUUAUUUGGAAUUUAAAAUCAGUGAUACAUACGUAUUGUAAUAAAUAUGUAAAACACUUAAGAAAACUAUGCCAAACAAAAAUUAUCCAAAUAAUUUUUCCGAAAUCAAUAUGAACAUCAACAAGCAAUAAAAAUGGAACAUUUUUAGAUGUGAAGUCAGGUUUAGCUCACAUCCUUCUGUUGCAACUUGCACACAUCCUUCUGUUGCAACUUGCACACAUCCUUCUGUUGCAACUUGCACACAUCCUUCUGUUGCAACUUGCACACAUCCUUAUGUUGCAACUUGCUCACAUCCUUCGGUUGCAACUUGCUCACAUCCUUCUGUUGCAACUUGCACACAUCCUUCUGUUGCAACUUGCACACAUCCUUCUGUUGCAACUUGCUCACAUCCUUCUGUUGCAACUUGCACACAUCCUUCUGUUGCAACUUGCACACAUCCUUCUGUUGCAACUUGCACAGUUCUCAAACUCUGUACAUAUGUAAUGAAGACGGAACCUCUUUCCUUGUUAACUACCUCGUGUAUUGUCUAAUACAAAAUGUACAUGCAUAUUCUCGGAAUUACAUUGGCGUGGAAAGGCAUGAAACCGAUGUUUUUGUCGUUUAGAGAUGUGAUGUGAGAAUCAAACAGUUGAAGAUAAUAAUUUGCUGUUAGUGAGAACCCGCUUCUUACUGAAUCAGUUAAAAUACAGGAUCACAUUGACUGAUUAAGAUGAAAAUUUGUAUGUAAAAGAAGUGUCAUUGACGUGUGUUCUAUAAUAUGAGUGUAAAAUUUCGCCUGCUGGACGCACAUCAUGGUGUCUGCAGUUGACUCACGAAAUCUUAAUGACAUGAUUGAAAACGAACCAUGGUUCGGGGGGAAUCGAACUCCAGUGGCUAAAGCGCCGGUCUGAAGUUUUACGGCUCACUAGUCAUGAGUUAAAUCCCCACCCGUACCGUGGUUUUUCUGCAGUUGUAUGUCAAGGUAAAGAUAUAUAGCAGAACAGGCCUUCACUGGCAUACUCUCUCUUUCAAUUCUUGAUUGUGAAAUGCUCCUUAGAACGAAGAGUGUAGCAGUUUAUAAAGGCUUGAUCUACUAAAUGUGUCUUCACGCCAGUAGACGUUAGACAAAACAGUAUUUCUGUUGUGACCCAACCCAGUUGUUCAUUUGUUAUCUAAAUAUUUUAUUAUGAAUGCCGAUAUUUUGAAAUAUUUUUUGUGUGUAUGGCUAAAUUGUUGAGAGCCUAGAGGCUCGGGAAAAGAGCCUUAUAGAUUCCCUUCAUAAAAUAAAUAAAAUUUUACAAUAAUUAUAUUCGAAUUUUCAUUGAGUUCUUUGGGGCGUGGUUAAAACCUAGUGAUUCAAAAGAAUAAAUAAAUUCCAAUUUGUGUAAACAAUACUUGACUGAGACUUAUGUACGUCAGACCAAACAAUGUAAGCACUCAGCUGCUGAGCUUAUAAGAACAUAAGAACAUAAGAACGAAGGAACACUGCAGAAGGCCUACUGGCCCAUGCGAGGCAGGUCCAAGUCUCCUACCGGCUUAAGCCAAUGCACCCAACCUAGUCAGGUUAGGUCACAUUGACUUAAGGGAGGAACACGGCAACCGACCUGGUAGCACAAGCUAUCAGGUCCAACUCACACCCACCCACAUCCACUCAUGUAUUUAUCCAACCCAUUUUUAAAGCUACACAACGUUCUGGCCUCUAUAACUGUACUCGGGAGUUUGUUUCACUCAUCCACAACUCUAUUACCAAACCAGUACUUUCCUAUAUCCUUUCUGAAUCUGAAUUUUUCCAACUUAAAACCAUUGCUGCGAGUCCUGUCUAGGCUAGAUAUUUUCAGCACACUAUUUACAUCCCCUUUAUUUAUUCCUGUCUUCCAUUUAUACACCUCAAUCAUAUCCCCCCUAAUUCUACGUCUUUCUAGAGAGUGCAGAUUCAGGGCCCUAUAAUGAAAUGAUUCUAUAACCAGCACAACUGUGGCUUAGUCAUAUAAACUGUGACCUCCUACUAUCUCAUUUCACAACCUCGUAAGUUGUAAUGAGCGAUUGUCAGUUAAAUAAACAGCACUGGGUGGAGACUCGAACGUUGUAUAUAACAUAUAAGAGACCCAACGCUGUUAGAACUCAGCCACGGAGCUUACAUUAGCAAGAUUUUACAGCUAGUACAACUGUGACUUGAUUGCGUCAACUGCAAUAAAUGUGACUUUACUGUCUCAUUCCAGAGCUCCAAAAGUUGAUGCAACAAGGUUACAGUUCUUUUUUUUUAUAUCUUAUUUAAAAUACAAUACAUAGCUUAACAUAAAACCCCUUAAACAAGGGUUGAUAUACAUUUAAUAUAAAUACAUUAUGAAUCACAAUCCCUCAGGACGUACAAUAGCAAAAUAACAAACACAAUAUUAACAGACACAAAGAGGUUACACAAAUACACUAGAAAAUAUCGCUUAUGACAGAACAUAACAUUAAGAAAGAUGGGUAAUCUUAAUCCUAUUUACACAAGAACAACAACAAGGCCAUAACAUGUAGGUGACCCCUGUAACAGGUUCAAUAAUAUAAUUAAACCCAAACAAGGUUACAGUUGUGAUGGUUGGGAAAUCAUCAUAACAUGGGCUCCGUUGCUAAUUGGUUAUAGCGUCGGGCCCUGUUAUGUACAAAUACCAAGGGUCAAGUCACCAUCCAGUAUUCGGUUUAUUCACUGACUCUCGUACAUCAUUAUAAAUCUUGGUUCUAUGGACUUACUGGACCGGAGGGAAAUGGAAACAGAUGCUCCAGAAAAACAUUUGGGGCUGUGGGGUGAUUCAGUAGAGUCACAGAUGUGCCGAUGAUACAACCAAGUUAUUGUUAUGUUGGCAUUAAAAUCAUUCUAACAUAAGCUCCUUAGCUGAGUGAUUACAGGGUAUACAAGGACCACAGUUCGAUUCACCUCCCAGUAUGCUGUUCAUUGAUAUCUAUAGACACAAACACAUACACACACACACAAAAUCGGAAGGUUAGAAGAUGUGUAGAUCAAGUGUUGGCAUUUAAGUAAGUGAACUAGAUGUAAAUAGAGGUAAGGAACUGGCUGUCUCAUAUUUGGAUUAAAAAAUACAUGUUAUAGGGCAGAUAGUGGAACAAUGUAGCAGAUGGUGGAAAUGUAAAGGAUAGGUAGAAGGUUACUAAAAGCGGUAAUGAGUGUGUGGAUAAUGAGGCUCACGUUACAGUACGUAGGGAGGGGAGGAUAUUUCUCAGUAAAUGUCAGCCUCAGACAGGGAUAGUUGAUGUUACGGUUGUUGUUGAAGAAAUUAAUAGAUGGGGUUGUAAAGCAAUUUGAUGCUUGAGAGUAGGACGAUGCGAGAAUAAAUGAUGGUAGAUGGGAUGAAAGUGAUGAUGGUAACAAAAAAGUUUUGGCAAAUAAAAGGUUGGAUAUCGUAUCAAAGGGUGGAAGUAUAAGAACAUUAUUGUAUUCAGAUUUUUGGAACUUGAUUUGUCAGCAGAUGGGUCAUUGGAAGACGAACGGUCAUUGAAGCCUCACCACAGAAUGGAAGAAAGGGAUCCUUAGAUACUCAGGCCCAAUGGCAGCCAGAAGUGCCCAGAUGGAGUCACUAUAGUCCUCUGGAAAGACGAUAAGAAAAUUACAUGGGUCUACACCUGUGCAUCUACAAUGGUUGAAACUUACCCACGAUGCUUCAAAGGUGAAGGGGGUUUCUGGGAGACCAAAAAUUUCAACAAAUAGUUGGGAUUAGGACCAUGCUAUAUGAAGUGCUAUCAAAAAGUUCCUGGGCUGCUGCAAAAAUGAAAAAAAAUUGCUUUCCUAAUCAUCUAGUUGAAGUUGUCUCCCUGGACGAGCUCUUCGUGGGAGGUUAUACACUGAUUCCAGAGCCUCUGCCACAUCUCAAAACAUUUCUGAAGCUAAUUUUUCUUAUCCAUGUCCCUUACCGCCUAUGAUUCUCCUAGAAUCUUCUCCGCAUCGUUAAAAUACCGCCACUUGCAUGGCCUUUUUCACUUUUGGAAAAAGAAAGAAGUCACAGGGGGCUAGAUCAUGUGAGUAUGGAUGUUGGGACGACCCGUAUUUUUUUAGCCAGAAAGCAAUUAUUUUUCUGGUCAUCAGUCAGCAAACGGGGCACAAAUUUCGUGCCCACUCGCUUCACGUUAAAAUUUUAUGUCAAAAUGGUUUGACAUAAUGAAUAAGAAGUUCCCACAGCACAUGCAAUGUCCAUAAUAUGACGACGAUCUUCCUGAAUAGCCUUCCUCACAUUCUAAAUGUUGGCCUCUAUUUUUUUUACGUUGAAGGACAACAAGAGCAUUUAUCAUUCUAAACUGACGUUCGUCCUGCUUUUAGUAGAGAAAACCGUUCAAAACAGUGUGUCAUACCCUCGUAUCAUCGUUAAAUGCUUGCUCAAGCAGUUCAUGAGUUUCAUUAGCUGUUUCACUGAGCUUCAAACACAAUUUAACACACACACACACAAACACUGAUCAUUAUUUUGUAGACUUUAUUCUGGUAUACACAAAAUAGCAAGAACGUCCUGACAGCCCGUUUAGCCUCAACAUAAUGACUGACCACACCGAAACUCGCCAAAGUAAUUUACAAAGGAGUGUAGUGUGCAGUGUGGCUGCUAACGCAAUCAGCUCACACACUAAGGUCCAAGGUUCGAUUCCCGGUGCGGAUGGAAACAUUAAGAUGUGUUUCAUUAAAACACCUGCUGUCCAUGUUACCUAUCAGGAAAAUAGGUACCUGGGUGUUAGUCGACCGGUGUUUACCUGGAGUUUACCUAGAGAG